GUGGUGUCGUAGUUUCGGUAGGCAGAAAAGGUUUGUUGUGUUAAACCGAUGCCGGCUGAAAACCCUCCCUGCUUUAAAACAAUAAAAGUGGAGUUAACGCGGAGCGCGACAAGCCGCCAACAAAAGGAAUAAGAUGACCGAAGGCCGUGUAUGCCAAGUGCAACUUCUCGAUGACAGGAAACUAGAGCUGCUGGUACAGCCCAAGCUCUUGUCCCGUGAGCUGCUGGAUUUGGUGUCCUCACAUUUUAAUCUGAAGGAGAAAGAGUACUUCGGCUUAUGCUUCAUAGAUGACACUGGGCAGAAUAACUGGCUUCAGCUGGAUCGCAGGGUCCUCGACCAUAACUUCUCCAAGAAGACCGGGCCUUUGGAGCUCAGGUUCCUGGUGCGGUUUUACAUUGAGAGGAUCACAUUCUUGAAAGAGAACACAACGGUGGAGCUGUUCUUCCUGAAUGCUAAGUCAUUAGUAUUUAAUGAGACCAUCGAAGUGGAGAGCGAACAUGUGUUCAAGUUAGCUGCGUUCGCAUUGCAAGAAGCCAAAGGAGAACACACAAGUGUUGAGGCUGCCAGAUCAGACCUUAAGCAGCUCCCAGUUCUGCCCACCAGAGUCCUGAGGGAGCACCCAUCUCUGGCUUAUUGUGAAGACAGAGUGAUUGAGCAUUACAAGAAGCUGAAGGGGUUGAGCAGAGGACAAGCCAUUGUUCAGUAUCUGGCUUUAGUGGAGUCCCUGCCGACAUAUGGAGUCCAUUAUUACCCAGUAAAGGACAAGCAGGGCAUACCGUGGUGGUUGGGAGUCAGCUACAAAGGAAUCGGCCAAUACGAUUUACAGGAUAAACUUAAACCAAGAAAGCUGUUUCAGUGGAAGCAGUUGGAGAACCUGUAUUUCCGUGAGAAGAAAUUUGCCGUGGAAGUGAAUGACCCACACAGAAGGACAGUGACCAAGCGUACUUUUGGACAGACUGGCCUGAUCAUCCACACAUGGUAUGCGAGCCACUCUCUGAUUAAAACCAUCUGGGUGAUGGCCAUUAGUCAGCACCAGUUUUACCUGGACAGGAAACAGAGCAAAUCAAAGAUUACCAUGACCAGAAGUUCAGGAGACAUCGCCGUGGACCUCACAGAGACCUGUGCACCACGAAUCAGUAAACUGUCGAGCAUUGAGAGCAAAGACCAGCUCAUCAUGGCCAGCAACGGGAGCCUCAUCUCAGCUGGUUCCGCCGACUCUGAAGUCAGUGAAGAGCAGAAAAAAGAGAAGAUUGCUGAACUGAAAAAGAAAGAGAAGGACCUUCAAGACACACUGACUAAGAAACUGAAUGAACUGAAGAAGAUAUGCAUGAGAGAAGCUGAGCUCACAGGCCGGCUACCUAAGGAGUAUCCUUUGGCAACAGGAGAAAGGGCCCCCCAAGUACGACGCCGUGUGGGAACUGCUUUUAAACUAGAUGACCUUUUCCCAUAUGAUAAGGAUCCUCACCUGCGUAACCUGGAGAGCAGGUUUGCACUGCAGCAGAAGAUUGUGGAGGCAGCCAUGAAGCUAGCCAGUGAAGAUGACCUGUGUAAGACCGUCAAGAAAAAGAGGAGAAACAACUGCCUAGAUGCAAUGAGGAAGCUGCAGGAGAUUGAGGAAGAGAUCAAUGAGUAUAGGAUCAAGAUGGGAAAGAAACCCACACAGAGAGCCUCUCUUAUCAUAGCAGAUGAUGUGAACCCUUUGGAGCUCAGCUCACUGUCUGACAGCCUCACACUGGAUGAUGAUGACGAGCUAGGUUCCCAUAGGCAGCGGUCAAGGUCGGUCCAGUAUUCUCCCAGGCCUCACCAUUCAGACACUCUGAAUAUCCAUUACCAUCAAGAGAGACGAGUCUCUGCCAAUGAACAGAACACGCACAGCAGAUUAAAUUAUGGCCAAGGCCAAGAAUCACUCCAUUCCAAUCACCGUGAUGCCUUAUCAAGCCAAAGCAGCCCGUAUAAGCCAACCUCCAGACAACCACGUGAUGCACGCAGCAUGCCUCCAACACCUCUCCUUACCCGCAAUGCCUACAGCAGUACCCAGCUCAGGUCAGAGGAUGGCCCUCAACAUUUCCGGCAGCGGAGUGGAAGUCUGGAGUCCCAAUCCCAGUUCCUGACUGAGAGUGAGCCCCCUGCGCCAAGUUUUGCCUUUCCUCCAGCUCGACGUAGCAACAGCACGGAGGUCCUGGAUGACGGCUCUUCCUAUACUAGCCAAUCUAGUGUGGAGUACAGUGCCCCUGGUAACCACACCCAUCGCCGCAGGGUCCGUGGGCGCCACAAGAAGGAUAUCUACGCAAAUACAGGUAGCAUGCCCAACCUGGCCCAGCCGGACACCCGUCAGACACCCACCGGCCAUGGUUACCAGCCUCGGGGACGGCCCACCACAACAGCCUACUAUGUGACAGGUUACCCCAGCUACACAGAACCAGAACCAUACUCCAAUGGAGUCUACAUGUAUGAUAAUGAGAUGGAGGGACAUUACAGUGUCAGUCAGUCUUACCACCCUGUGCCAACAACCUAUCACAGCCAGGAUAUGUAUGGUCGAUAUGGAAAUGAUGAGAUUGACAGCAUGUCACAGAACCCUUACGCCACACUGCGGCCGCCAAGGAACCGUCCAGUUCCCCGGAACAAUGAGCAGGUGACUAAGGACAUCAAGAAAGCCAUAGUGGCUGAACACUUGAGGGGCUGGUACCAUCGUAAUGCUGGGAGCAAGCAGGCAGCAUAUGACUAUGACUAUGACAGAGGCUCCCAGCAAAGCCUAGGCUACCAGACCAUGCCUGCACCCUACAGCCACAACACCAGGACAGUGCCCUACUCAACAGCCUCUACUGGAAACUGGCACGGGCACAUGAAUGUUGGCACAGUGGAAUACGACAUUCCCAUGCACACGCAGCAGCCCUACGCUUACAGCACACCUCACUACAGCUACCCCACACACAACAGAUGUCCCACAGAGUUUGAGUGGCGGAGCUGUGAUAGGACGGUGUGCCCUGCAGGGCCAUUAGAGAUGUGUGGUGCUGUUGUCUAUCCUCCUGCUCCCCAAUAACUAGAGGCACAGCACGAAAGAAAGGAUCCUACGUCGAUGUCAACCAAAUGGACUCGCCCAUCAGCAGCCAAAUGGACAGCAGGUUGAACGCAGAGGAAGGGAUUCACUGGCAUGAAAAUUCAAAACCAGGAACGAUAGUAUAAUCAC